AUGUCGGCGGGGCCGAAGCAAAGUCGUGAGGUCUCGUCCUCGACCAAUGUUCACGGACCGGCACAGCCAAGCUCAUGCCCUCGGAACCUCGCAGCCUUGAGCCGGGACAGCAGUCAAGACAGCGGCCCAGCCUUCCGCCAUGCCGUCUCGUCCCCGGCCCCCAAUGAUCGUGUACAGGCCAGUUUCACCGAAUCUACGCCACUGAUCGCGUCGGGUGCUCGCGAACGAAGACGGUCGACUGUCCACCCAGGAGUUUGCGAACACGGGACUUUCAGUCCGCGACCCAUGAGCCCGGAUGAAGCGUUUCCUUUCACAAGCAAUGGCACUGUACACCAGGAUCCUCGAGCCUUGUUCGACAGCUCCUCGGAUUCGCAAUCAUCCUCGGAUGACGGCUGGAAGAAAUGGUUUGGCGGUAGGAUGCGAACAAAGAAGAUGGGUCAAAGCAGAGUGCUUGCCGAGCGGGCUGGCUUCCACGACACGCCGUUGAUGUACUUGGCUUACUACAUUCCCUGCCUGAAUUGGAUGCAGCAGUACAAGUGGGCAUAUCUGAAGGGCGAUGUGGUGUCGGCCGUCACCAUUGCGUCCUUUUACCUUCCCAUGGCCCUUUCGCUAGCAGCCAACCUGGCCCACGUCCCUCCGAUCCAUGGGCUGUACUCGUUUGUCUUCAACCCCUUCGUCUAUGCGCUACUGGGGUCAUGUCCGCAGAUGGUUGUCGGCCCCGAGGCUGCCGGAUCGCUCCUUGUCGGCACCGUCGUUCAGCAAAGCGUGGACAGUGGUGGCUCGAGUGAGCACAACGACGUCAUCAACGCUCGAAUAUGCGGCGUGGUUGCCGGCAUGGCUGGAGCGAUCGUUUUGAUCGCGGGAGUGGCGAGGUUGGGCUUCUUGGACAGCGUCCUGAGCAGACCUUUUCUCAGAGGAUUCAUCAGUGCCAUUGGCUUCGUCAUUGCUGUCGACCAACUGAUCCCCGAGCUUGGCUUGAGCGAUCUUGCCGUCCAGCGUGGUGCCAGCCACGGCAGUACCGUCGAUAAAAUCUACUUUAUUGUUGAAAAUGUUGGCGAGAUUCAUCGCUUGACAUUUGCCAUUGCCGGCAUCAGCUUUCUUGUCAUUAUGACAUUCCGUGAACUGAAGAAGCGGCUAGAAUCCCGGUUCCCGUCAGUCGUCUUCGUCCCGGACCGGUUCCUGGUCGUCGUCGUGUCUGCGAUUCUCUGCUGGUAUCUACGGUGGGACGAGCAAGGCGUCGAGGUUUUGGGCAGCGUCAAAGCAGCUACUGGUGGGCUCUUCACCUUCAGGUGGCCAUUCAGGCUUUCACACAUGAAGCAUAUCCGGCCUGCCUUGUCGACAUCAUUUCUCAUUGCCCUUCUCGGCUUCUUCGAAUCAUCCGUGGCAGCGAAAAGCUUGGGGGGCAAUGACUCCAUUCAAGGCAUCGAGCUGAGUGCGAAUCGCGAAAUGAUUGCGCUCGGAGUGGCAAACCUCGUGGGCGCGUGCUUUAUGAGCUUACCGGCCUUUGGGGGCUACGGCAGAAGCAAGGUGAACAAGACGACUGGCGGCAAAAGCCCGGUGAGCUCGAUGAUUUUGAGCCUCAUCUCGCUCUUGGCCAUCAUGUUUAUGCUUCCCUACUUUUACUACUUGCCGAAGCCCGUCUUGUCGUCGAUGAUCUCUGUCGUGGCAUACUCGCUGAUAGAAGAAGCACCCCACGACAUUGCUUUUUUCCUCGGCAUCAGGGGCUGGACAGAACUCGGCCUCAUGGCCAUCAUCUUCCUGUCUACAAUCUUCUACUCGCUCACGCUGGGCAUGGCCCUGGGCGUCGGCAUCUCCAUCUUGCUGGUCGUCAAGCACAGCACAAGACCGCGCAUCCAGAUCCUCGGACGCAUCCCGGGCACCAACCGCUUCGAAAACGCCGAAGGCGGCAACGCCAGCCUCGAGUUCAUCGAGGGCUGUCUGAUUGUCAAGAUUCCAGAGCCUCUUACCUUUGCCAACACGGGCGAGUUGAAGGCCCGGUUACGGCGUCUGGAGCUGUACGGGACGUCGGCGGCGCACCCAGCCCUUCCCCGGCUCCGAAGCCAAGAAGCCAACCGGAACAUCAUCUUCGACAUUCACGGCGUCACGUCCAUGGAUGGGUCGGGCACUCAGGUGCUCGAGGAGAUUGUGCGCAGCUACCGGGAUCGCGGGGUGCGCAUCUUCUUCUCGCGCGGACCCGGUCGGCCGGACCAUCCGCUUUGGCUGCUGAUGGAGCGGAGCGGCAUCGUGGCGCUGUGCGGCGGCCGGUCGCAUUUUGUCAUGGACGUGGAGGAGGCGCUGAGGUGGACCGAGUACGAGGACAGCGUGGGUGUUGGAAGCGGCGGCAGCAGCUGA